AGGUUAGGAUUUGCACUAAUCCCUUACAAGCAGCAUUUCGAAAGCCACAAUAAAAUGAUUUUUGUUAUAGUUGUUUGCUUAAAAACAGAAAUUCGCAAUUAGGGAGCGCAUUAAAGUAUAAUUUUAGUCAUAUUAAUUUAUAUCAACAAAUUUUUCCACAGUGAUAUGCCGGUGACAUAGCUAUGUCCGGUGCAGCUAAGACGCUGCGAGCGUCGGUAACUCAAAGUUCUGAGCCGCUUGCGCCACCACCACCGCCACCACCUAAACCCAUUUUUCUUAAACCACACGAGAAACACACCGUUCAUUGGUUCCGGAAGGGGUUGCGCCUUCACGAUAACCCAGCUUUACGAGAAGGCCUCCACCAUGCAGCCACCUUCCGAUGUGUUUUUAUAAUCGACCCUUGGUUCGCGAGCUCUUCUAAUGUAGGAAUCAAUAAAUGGAGGUUUCUUCUGCAAUGCCUCGAAGAUUUGGACAAUAGUCUGAAAAAACUAAACUCGCGACUGUUCGUCGUGAGAGGUCAGCCAGCGGAUGCUCUACCAAAGCUCUUUCGAGAAUGGGGAACUACGUUUCUCACGUUUGAAGAAGAUCCGGAGCCAUACGGGCGUGUUCGGGAUCAAAAUAUUACAACAAAAUGCCAAGAAGUCGGCAUUUCUGUGGUAUCUCGCGUAUCACACACAUUGUAUAAGUUGGACAGCAUUAUUGAGCGCAAUGGCGGUAAAGCUCCGUUAACUUACCACCAAUUUCAAGCGCUCAUUGCGAGUAUGCCACCUCCGCCGGCAGCCGAAUCUACCAUCACGAAGCAAACGUUGAACGGAGCUAUGACGCCGAUAUUGCAAGACCAUGACGACAGAUUUGGGGUGCCAACUCUUGAAGAGCUCGGAUUUGACACAGAAAAUCUGAAACCACCAAUUUGGAUAGGUGGGGAAAAUGAGGCUUUGGCGAGGCUCGAGAGACAUUUAGAACGCAAAGCAUGGGUUGCCACUUUUGGCCGGCCUAAGAUGACACCACAAUCCUUAUUGGCUAGUUCUACAGGCUUAUCACCAUAUUUAAGGUUCGGUUGCUUGUCGACAAGAUUGUUUUAUUUUCAAUUAACGGAACUAUACAAAAGGGUAAAACGCGUUCGUCCGCCGCUGUCUUUACACGGACAAAUACUGUGGAGAGAAUUUUUCUAUUGCGCUGCAACGAGAAACCCAAACUUUGACAGAAUGGAAGGUAAUCCAAUAUGCGUACAAAUACCAUGGGAAAAGAAUCAGGAAGCGCUAGCAAAAUGGGCUAAUGGUCAAACUGGAUUCCCCUGGAUAGACGCUAUUAUGAUCCAAUUGAGGGAUGAGGGCUGGAUCCAUCAUCUAGCUCGACAUGCUGUCGCAUGUUUUCUAACACGUGGCGAUUUGUGGAUUUCGUGGGAAGAGGGCAUGAAGGUGUUCGAUGAGUUGCUUUUGGAUGCAGAUUGGUCAGUAAACGCUGGUAUGUGGAUGUGGCUGUCAUGUUCCUCAUUCUUCCAACAGUUCUUCCACUGUUACUGUCCCGUACGGUUUGGUCGAAAAACAGACCCGAAUGGUGAUUUCAUUAGAAAAUACAUUCCAGCGUUGAAAAACAUGCCAGCAAAGUACAUACAUGAGCCAUGGGUGGCACCGCAGCCAGUGCAAGAAGCCGCUCAGUGCAUCAUCGGUAGGGACUACCCACUCCCUAUGGUGGAUCAUGCUAAAGCCUCCAAAAUCAAUAUCGAAAGAAUCAAACAAGUUUAUGAACAACUCGCGAAAUACAAACCGCAAGGUGCAUUGAAUCCUCAAGUCAUUCAGAGACCUAACGUAAUGCAGUCUUCCCCGAGCCCCACUUCUAUAAUAAGAAGCAUUAACCAGUCGAAUUACUUGUGCAGCCAAGCACCAGAGUCACAACCUCCGUCGAGUAAUACUCCAGAUAUUUAUAAACAGGAGGAUGUCUUUAUAUGUCCGAAUAAAAAUCACAUACGCUCUAAUAUAGACUCUAAGAGGCCUCAAUUUAAACAAGUGGUGAUCGUUCAAGGGGACCCGAAAAGGAAUCAACAGAACACUUCAAUAACGGAAAAUAACUACAUCGUCAAUACAUUCAAAAUGAAGCAAAACAUGGAGUUUCCGCACCCAGGAAAACCAAAUAAUUAUCACAUGAAAAAUUUUGUCAUAAACAACCACCUCCAAAAUUACGCUAACGACCUUUUAAUUACGAAUCGCGAUAAAAAGAAAAACGAGACGUUCACGAACAGUUCCAAAGUGGACGAAUACAUCAUGACGAGACCAAAAUAUUAUUACACGGAGAAUGAAAUUAUAUCAAACAAAAAUGGCAAUCCAAAUUUUACACCACAACCUUUAACUGGAAAAUUUAUACCCAAAGAUGAAACGGUUACGAGAGAAACAGAGAGUGGUUCACAUAACCACACUAUUGCAUCUAAUAACGAAACUCAGUAUACAAAAACUAAUAAAGAUCUAACCUCUGAAAAAUAAAAUUUGGAUUUGCCAUUCUUGUUGGAAUCUGGAACACAAAGUUUCAAAAUCGACUAGUCAGUAAAGUUUGAAAAAAGAUCAUGGUACUAUAUAUUAUGUGACUUGUGAAGCUUGUAUGGAAGCCAUACCCAAGCUGUAGCACAUCCACACAUAUUAUAUCAAAUGAAAGGGCUUGAAAAGCUAAACAUUUUAUUGUAUGACGUAAAAUCUCUAAACUGUGGGAGAAAAACGUUAACGACCCUCGUUAACGUUAGGUCAAAAAAUCACAAAAACCAUCCUGUGUUAUUGCA